UACGGGCGAUUUCCCAGUUGGCAGAAUUCGGCGUCCGUUCUCGCGACGAGACUGGGAGAAGAAGGCAGCUUCGUGCAGCAGCGGCUCGCGUCCCGAAUACCGCUCCGGUCUGCUGCGAGGCGCGAGACGGCGCCCGUGAACGCGCCCGGCCACAACGCUAACGCAGACAUUGCGGAGGCGAAGAGGUUAAGGGGACGGCACGAACGGGAGGACGCGCCGUCCAUCACCAUGAAGCUGGUCGACCACGUGGUGCGGAGCUUCAAGGUGGCCAAAAUAUUCCGCGAGAACUCGGAUCGGAUAAACAGCAUCGACUUCUCGCCGAACGGCGACACUCUGAUCUCGUGCUCGGAGGACGACCAGAUCGUGAUCUACGACUGUGAGAAAGGCACGCAGGUGCGGACAGUCAACUCAAAGAAAUAUGGGGUCGAUCUGAUACACUUCACCCACGCCAAGAACACCGCGAUACACAGCAGUACCAAGAUCGACGACACCAUUCGAUACCUCAGUCUGCAUGACAACAAGUACAUACGGUAUUUCCCUGGUCACACCAAGAAGGUGGUAUCGUUAUGCAUCAGCCCGAUCGAAGACACUUUUCUCUCGGGCUCCUUAGACAAAUCCCUGAGACUGUGGGAUCUGCGCUCGCCGAAUUGUCACGGGGUUAUGAACGUCUCGGGGCGACCGGUCGCGGCGUACGAUCCCGAGGGCUUGAUUUUUGCAGCGGGCGUCAAUUCGGAGAGCAUCAAGUUGUACGACUUGCGCAGCUUCGACAAGGGGCCCUUCGUCACCUUCAAGGUCUCUCAGGAGAAGGAAUGCGACUGGACAGGUCUGAAAUUCAGCAGGGAUGGCAAGACCAUUUUGAUUUCUACCAACGGUAGUACGAUCCGCUUGAUCGACGCUUUCCACGGCACACCUCUGCAGACUUUCGCCGGGCACCUCAACAACAAGGGCAUCGCCAUUGAAGCCAGCUUUAGUCCGGAUUCGCAGUUUGUGUUCAGUGGAUCCACAGAUGGUAGGGUGCAUGUGUGGAACGCGGAGACCGGUUACAAGGUUUGCGUACUGAACGGUGAUCAUCCAGCACCGGUACAGUGUAUCCAGUUCAAUCCUAAGUACAUGAUGUUGGCGUCGGCAUGCACCAACAUGGCUUUCUGGCUACCCACCAUCGAGGAAAGCGCAUAAGACUAAUCUAGAACCGAAAUACGAAGCAGCGAUUGCCUGCUGGAAGUGUUAUCUGUAAUUCACGCAGGAAAGAGAGAGAGGUUUAUUAGAAGAGCAGCGGGAUGCUGAGAAUAACAGCCGGUGAGAGGAUGAGGAGAAUGACUUAUGCAUUUACACUUAUGUACAAAAAUGGAACAGCCGUCGUAUGACACGCCGGUUCCGGGACGGAUCAAUUUGAGGCGGUGAGCGCUCGCUCGUUCACGCUUCAGGAGGAUCCGCAGGGAAGAUGUCCUCUUCACCUUGUCAUACCUCGCGCGAGGACAGCGACGUGGGUCGAAAGGGAGAUAAAGGGUCUUGUUUUCGAAUGUGUCUCGUGUACAUAGUUCUAUUCCUGUGUACCUGUGUGUGUAGCGAUUACGGGGAAAAUGCGAAGUCUGAUAACAUCGGAUGAGCGCAUCUGUCUUAGCGGACAAGUUCUUUCCACGCGUUUGUCCCAAUCGCCCGCAUUGUAUACGAGAGGCUCACCGCGUAGAGUGAAUCUCGUUUGAUUUGUCGUUCGGAAAACACUGUUCUAUACCGGGAGUAAUUCCGGGGAUCUCCGUAUUUAUAUGAGGAAAUUGUGUGUGUGUGUGUGUGUGUGUCGAGAUUAGCGUAAAAAGAUUUUUCAAACGACGAACAGCGCGCGCGGUGUCCUUGCGUAUACAUGAUAUUCACACACACACACACACACACACACACACACACACUUUGUCUCUCAAGUGUGCCGUGAGGAGACGUUCAUUCUCCCGCCGCGUCGAUCCGCAGAUUUAUCGAUCACUUUUCUAUACCGCGACGGAGAACACCUGUUGUCGGUUGGAGCGUCAUUCAGAUGUUCAUUGUUAAACGCCCGUGUGUGUAUGUGUGUGUGUGUGUGUGUGAGAGAGAGAGAGCGAACUCCAGGUGGGAUUCACCUGGAACAAAAUAGCAUUAAGUACCCGACUAUCGUUAUUACGGUUGAUCCAACGCAUCGCAUGGCCGCAUAAAAGGAUCCUCUGAAGCUCGUCGAAUUAGAGUGAAAUUUGGUUUCCUCCGACUUUGUUUACUGUAACGUAAAUAACACGAACUCGCGUUUAGUCUCCUUUGAUUCUUGCCUUCACCAGCACGUUCUAUGUUCAUAAUUCUAAUGAUGAUUGCUAUGAACGGAAACGAAGGAGAAUCUAUCCACCGGUCUUCAGACCGGUUGCACUAAACUCUGAUUAACUGACGACUCGCCAGCUGAAAUUUCAGUUGCAACCCUGUAAAUUAAUCGUCGCUUAGCUUAAUCGGAGUUUGGUGUGACCAAAAUCGUUCUAUCGUCGUUACGUUUAGUCUCAACGCUAUUCGGAACUGAUGUCUAAUGAAAGAAUUUUCCCCUAAAAAUGCCAUCGGCUACGUUCCGAGCUACAACAAGAGACAAAUGUUCAGGCUGUAUUGAAAGCAAGUGUGGUAAAGUCCAUUGAUUGAGGCUUCCGGGCGGUAAAGUGCAUAGAAUGAUUUUUCCUUCCAUCAACCGACUUUCACCUACGUCCCUUUAGCAGAGCAUUCGACGUCGUCUUCGAGGGUCCUUACUCCUGCGUGCGGCCACGCGACACACCGAUCGUAAUCAGCAAUCAAAAUACGUACAUACACACGCAUAGAACGACGCGUAUAUAGCCGGCCGAAAGCGUUUUAUAGAGCGGAUUUCCGGCACUGAUACGAUCAAGAAGGACGAAAACAGCACGGGAAUCGUCGUCGCUCACAGCGACGGCCGUCUCUCGAGGGAGAUCAGAGGUAGACUCGCAAAUGUCGGCGUCACGCCGAUUAUCGAAGAUGCAUUCUCGACGCGAGGAAGACACCAUUGCGAAUUUCUACCCCUCCGCCAGGAGUCACCGUAAUCGUCGGACUCUCUCGCGAAACAGCAGUAUCGUUUUGAAGGGAACUGUGUCUGGACAUUACUUACGUUGGCUCUGAGUGUGGCUAACCGUGGAGGGUUAGAACUUUCAGUCGCGACUGUUACAGUGACAUGCUAUUUUAUUUUAAUUUGGGAAGGAGGAUGUUUCACGACGCACUGGAUUUAUCCUCUCUGCGUCAUUACACGUUUAUAUCAUUCACCGAAAUUAAAAUAAAAGAAAAUAAUACGUCGCUACAACAGCCACGAUUGAACACUUUUCUCGAGGCGGUUCGGUCUAAUGAGAAAGCUUAACUUCUGGAAGUGAGUCCUACCUACGAUAGGUGUGAUAAAAGCAUUCUGAUCUCUAAUCUAAACAAUGAAAUGUAAUUUCCGACGUUUUUCCGCCGGCCGUAAUAACACUUGCGCCCGGAACACAAAUACGUCGAACGCAGCUGAUUUCAAGAACGACUUCUCCUUAUUGAUCGGCUAUGUUCCCAAUAUCUGUUAUCGACAUAUUGUUCUGAAUAUGAUUGAUACUCUUUUAUCGAUAAUAAUGUGUCUAAAAGUAGUUUAGGAACCACCUGAUUUUUACGAAUUGCUGCGACAUCUGGUAACGUUAAAAGUUUAUUACACCCAGCCUUAGUUAGAAACAAAGUUCUCUCGUUGGACCGUCCCGGCUGCAUCGAGAAGAAAAAAAGUGUUCGAACUCAGUUUGAAAAAUCAGUGCAAGCAGGUGAAACCGACGGGUCGGCCGAGAAGACACGAUUCGAUGUUUCGUAGUACGGAAGUACGGUCUCCGUAGACGUGUAAUUAUAUCUCUCGCGAUAAUACAGUAAUAUUAAUCCAAGUGAUUUGUGUCCAGCUCGACGACGUAGUAUUCUGCAAAAAGCGAAUACGGCGCGGGCGAAUAGACGAGCGUCGGCUUCUUUCAGAGAAAAGAAGAAAUGGAUAAAGAAAUGAAGGCGCCGCGACGUUCUUGUCCGCUGAACUGUACACUUGUGCAACUUAAAAAGAGACGGAUAAGUUAAGACAUGGAGAAAGAAGAGAAAAAAGAAAACUAGCUGAUGUUCAGCGGAAAAGAACAGACAAGCUUACGCGUUGACGACGAAUUUCCGGUGCAGUCCGAGAACAGCUAUUCGCCCCUGCCUGCAUGUACAUACAUGGAUAGACGCCUCCUCUUAAACGUAUUUCGUGCGAGAACGCGAUGCUAUUUUGUUCGAGCGGUGUGAGUGUAAAACGCGAGGGAGCCAGCAUGGCGACGUGUGUGUGUGUUUUUUGUACUAUCUCACUCGCGUCCGUGGGAUCUGUCAACCGCGCUGUAAAAUAGUAUUUUUUAUAACGGCGACACAGUGUGUGCGUAGAAGAAACGUAUUCGAGCGGGAAAGACCUCGACCCUUUCGGCAGCUCGAUAGCUUCCCGACCAACGGACUCUCAAGCCCCACUGUGUUCAGGCUACGAGUGCUGCCUCUCUCUUUCACGCGUUAGCGACCGCGCCGAGUCUCUCCUCGGAACGAAUGAACCGUCACCUUCGCCCCGCGCGAUGCGUCAUGACGCUUGUAUUAUGUAAUCGCUGUUUUAAUUUUGUAAGGCGAAGAGGAGCGCGCGCGUUUCAUCACGAGGCCUUGACGUCGAAAUUUCUCAUUCACGCGCAACGGCGCGCGUAAUUGCCGCUCGGUGUUGCUGAAUUUCUCCGGAUCCCUUCCGUAUUUCGGCGCAUCACGCAUUUUCACAGUCACAUUAAAUGUUAUAUACACGGUGAACAUGUAUUAUUGAGCGCUUUCCACUUAGUGACACGAGUCAAUACAAGUGUCAUUUUGUUCGUGUUCCAAUGAGUAGCAAAGAUAGGAUGAUGUUUGUGUCUCCACAUGGAAAUUUAAUUGUUACAUUCCAUGUGACUGAGUUCCUCGCAAAAGUAACAGUCGUGACAUAAAAACGCGCCCGAGUUGGAAUACGCGAGGCAUUAUUGGAGUUUCCUGCAGGAAUAGGAAGAUUCCCGUGUGUUUCUACACUGCUUUCACUUGUCUCAAGCGAACAGAGACCAAGCAAGGGGCUUAUUAUAGUGAGAAUUACAAAAGAGAGCAAAUUCACCGGGUGUUGAUCAGUGAAAUUACAAAUACUUUAAUAAAUUCGCUCACUUUUGUCAUUAUCAUCUCGUUCUGAGAACCAUCAUAGGUCCCCUGAUGAAAACCCAGUAACGAGAAAUGAUAUUUCUUAUUGAGAAGAGAUUUGUUAACUGAGAAUUCCGUCUUACCGAGAAUAACUCUGUUACUGAAGACAUUCGGCUGCAUUAAAAACUCGAUUGACCGAACAGAAACUCUCCGUGGAAUCUUUCCUACUGCCGAAUUUUUGUCUUUGGACCCGCGAGAGAACGAAAAAUUCGGCCGCAACGGAAUUGUUUUUCCCGCAUGUAUGCACCACAACCAGCUGAGUUCACGCCGUCGUUUUUGCUUUGUUCAUCUCGCGCGCUUCAUCUCACACGGUCGUUGCGCGGCGAAAGGGUCGAAUCGAGUCGUCGUCUCUCUCUCGAGUAACUACGAGCGAUCUGCGUAUUUAGACUAAACACCUGCGACACGCGUCAUACUGCCAGCCAAACGAAAAAAGCGAGUGAAGAAAACGUAGAAAGAAACAAAAAAAAAAUUAUACGAAACACUGUGUUCCCUUGUCCCAGGAUAAGUUAAUAGCGAGACGAACACGUUUAAUAAUAAUAACUAAAAAUGUAUAUAUCCCGACGAGUCGCGGUCGACGGUGUAUGUGUGUGUGUGUGUGUGGGUGGUGCGUGCGUGCGUGCGUGCGUGUAUUAACUGCCCGACGCGACUAAACUGUCGCAGACGGAAGAAGAGGUGAGAAAGGAAUCACAGAGAAAAAUAGACGUUUAUUAUUAUUAUUAUUUAUAGUUUAAAAGUUUUGGAAAAGAACACCGUUUUUCCCCCCCAUUUUUCUACGAAGUUUUCUACGAAUUUUUUUGGUUUCUGUUUCAAGGGUAUAAAAAUUUAUUUAAAGAAAGAUUCAUAUGCAUUCGGUUAAAAUUGGCCAUAUUUACUUUUUUUUUCUUUUUGUAAAGAUGUAGGAAACCAAGAAAAUCCGCAGAAAAAUUGGGUUUUUCCGAAACUUCAAGGCUUCUGGCCCCUCACUGUCUUCGUUUAAUGACAUCAGAAGCGAGAAAACGCAAGAAUUCUUAUACAUUUAAAUAAAAUGAUGUAUUAAUAAAAUGACAUCUGUGAUCGAUUCAACACACUUGUAAAAUUGUCCGAACAUUUUUUUUUUACACGAUCAAUUUAACCAAGAAAAGUCGCAAAAUUAACUUGACGUGGAACUUCCCUUUUUAACCCCCUCUUUUCGUAAUUUAAUAUUGCUAGUUUUAUGACUAUUGUUCCGAUAAAAGUGUUUGGAGAAUUUUGCAAGUAUGCUGAUUAACAAAUAUUUUGUGAGUACACCUUUUUAUUUGAACGUAUAAACGCAAGAAUUCUUAUCAUGCAUCUCUCGCUUCUGACGUCAUUCACCGUGACGUCAUCAACAGGGAUAGUCGUAGCGAGUAUCCAGAAACCUUAAAACUAUAUUAUUAUUAUCAUUAUUAUUAUUUGUCGAUCGGAUUCGCCGAACAAUCGCUCGAACGCUCUUUUACCGCGAGGGAGAAGCAAAAAAAGCAAGAAACCGCGGUCGGACGUAAAAGCGCUGCGGGUCUCGCGCACGAGUCACGACGAGGCCCUUUUUAUACGCGACGAAGAGUCCGUGACACAUUUGUACAUACGCCAAAGUCAACCUUGUCGUUCUCACGUGUCACACGUUACGUGCGCCGGUGAUAAGCCGUUUUUUCUAUCGUGUGUAUCAUUCGCAACCGAUCUCAGAGAUAUUCGACGAUUCGUGACUCGUACGGUGAGAGAGCUGUGUGGAGAAAAGGAUGGAAAUGCGUCACGUUCGUUUCCUGUGAAGUAUACCGAGUUAUUAUCACGCGCGAUUACGCCCUUCCGAUCGCUGGUUCAUUACGGCCAUUUAACGUAUUAGGGAUUAUAGAAUUCGACUUCAAUUUAAGAGAGAUGUGUAUAUAUAUAUAUAUAUAUACACAUAUGUACGGUACGAGAAAAUAUGCGAGAGACUUAAACUCUUGAAAGAGAGAAAGCGUUUAAAAUGCGAUUUCGAGAAGGAGAUCUUGAAUAUGAUGGUCCAUCGACACCACUCGUCUUGCUGUUAAUAAUCGCUUACGUUCGAAGAAUACGUCGUACCUUCUGCAAGAGAAAAAAGAGAGAGACACCUGAAUUUCGACGACGGAUUCUUGUGAUUAUUCUUCUAAGUUCCUGCAUUAAGUCUUCGUACAAAUCGUUUUUCGAUAGCCAAGUAGACAGAAACACACGUUGUCGUUGAUCCUGACUCCCGGAGGAAAUUCGUCGCGCGAUAUCGGUACCGAAUCACGGGGGGCUGUGCGCCCCGAUUGCUGUAAACUGCUACAUGCGUUCUAGGAUACUAGAAGCCAGAAGCUGACGCCGUUGUUGACUUCGCCGAGUUCCGACGUUAAAACGUGCGCUCGAAGCGAUAAUAAUAUGUGAUAUCCGCGAGGACGCGAUAUCGUGCCCUCCGUCCUCGUACGCAGCGCCGUCGAUGAGAACGAAGAACUCGCCGAGGUCAAGUCGAUCGCAAUUUUUGCUAGGAACGUACGAUGACGUAGAAAUGUCGCGCUGUAAUCGGAGCGAUACGAAUAAUCCGCACACUGCAUAACAUAAUGGAAACGGUGUAUGUGUAUCUCUGUCUGUUGAAAGCGAAGUUUAAGGGACAUCGAGUGACUUUCGUUCCGUCACCGAAGAGAGAGAGAGUUUUGUGAUCCACUGCAAGCCACAUUGUAUAUUUAAUCUGUAAGGUAGCAGGAACGAGAUCCGAAUUAUUCAAUCCGACACGCUGCUUCGGUCGCGAUUUGUAUACAUUCGAUGAUGACGGCACGAAGGGAAAAAAUGACGCUUCUAUAUCGGAAUAUCUUCGUUAUCGUUUCGAAAGACUGGCGCGUACCGUUGACCCACGAUUUGUUUUUUUUUUUCUUUGUGAUAAGCGAUUCGGUCGCAGACGCGAUCGGACAAACUUCUUAUUGUAAUUAUAUUAUACUGUCAAUAAUCGACGAGCUAAUUACCUUGACCAGAGAGCAAAUCUGAACGCAAAUCAAUCAUGUUUUGUUAACGGACAAAUGCGAACGACGUUCCGAUUCAAUGGGCUGUUUUAAAUUUGAUAAGUAUAUGUAUGUAUAUGAAUAAAAAAAAAAAAGGAAGAAGAAGAAGAAAAGAGCGAUGUGUAAUGAAUUUUCGUCCGCCGACAUUUGAUAGUCACAACAUAUCAGCGUAUUUGUUAGGAGAUUUGUUAGGUUGACAGUUUCACUUAACAAAAGAUUCUCAAGGAGUGUACAAAAAAAGGUGGGCGCCUUUUUUGAGAUCCUUCUUAGAGGAAGUGGAUGUCAUCUCGAUAGCUUAGCGCGCAAGCAAAAUUGUAUUUUUUAUUUUUCUGUAGAACCAUUUCGAUUGAACGCACGAGAGUUUACUCGAAACAAUAAAACACUUUUUUUGUACAUCUAUCUCUCGUCUUUCUAUUUACCCCGUUCUCUGAUUACAUCCUCCCAAUGUCUGCUGUGCGAUGCGCAAGUUAAUCUCAACUUUGAGAAAAAAAAA